AUGGAGCCCUCCAUAUAUACACCACUCCCACCCGGACAACACAUCCGCUUGGCAACGAUACUCCGAGGACGUUGGAGCGACCCGCUCAACAUAAAACUUACGCCAACCAAGCUCAAUGUUGCAACAUUCUUCGCUCUAUCCUAUUGUUGGGGAACGACUCUCAAUCCCACCACCAUCACCAUCAAUGGUCAAUCUCACAACGUCACCCAAAACCUGACCACGGCCCUCCGUCGAGUUAGGCGUAGCGACAUGGAUGUAGUCGGUUGGAUCGACGCAAUCUGCAUCGACCAGACAUGCAUUCCCGAGCGAAACGCCCAGGUCAGUCUGAUGCGACAGAUUUACCAACGCGCCGCCAGUGUCGUCAUUUAUAUCGGCGAAGAAACAGAGGAUACUACAGUUGCGAUUAAAGUUAUCAUGAUCUUGCACGAAAUCAUAGGUUUGAAACAGAAAACAGCGAAAGAUCGGUUGUUAAGACAGACUGGACUCUCCUCAAUGCCAACAUUUGCGUCGAGAAUGCCUACCACCUGGGAUGAGAUGUGCCUUGAAACACUUAUAAGAUCCCUCCCGGUUGGAGACUCACCCGAUUGGCUGGCCUUUGGCAGCUUCUACAAUAGACCUUGGUUCGGUCGAAUUUGGGUGCUGCAAGAGAUGGUUGCUGCACAAGACGAGCCUGUUGUUGUUUGUGGAGAGAGGGUCUUCCCCUGGUCGACGAUUGGCGCGGUAGCCCACUACUACCAAUAUGAGGCAGGAUUAGUAGGCCGUGUGGUGCGGAACGAAGAAGAAAUUGACCUAUCCUACUGUGCGCUAAGAAUGUACUUGUCUCGGAUUGACUACCACCAGAAUCAGAAGAGCAGUUUGUUGGGCUUGCUCAAAGCCACUGAAAGUUUCUCUGCAACAGAUCCAAGAGACAAGGUGUUUGCAUUAUUAGGGUUGGUCGGGGAUAGUAACGGCAAAUCAAGUUUCUAUGCAGACUACGCGAAAGACGUCGUAGAGGUCUACAGGAAUGUUACAAGACACAUUCUUUACAACGAUUCGUCGUUGGACAUCCUGUCCUGCGUUGGCGAGAUCUCAAAGCAGGACCCAAAGUACAAAAAUCUUCCGUCUUGGGCACCAGACUGGUCACAGGAAGUCUUCAGUACACGCCUUGUCAAGGAACUUGGAAAUAUGAGCAAAGUUGCGCGACUUCACUACAGUGUUAGUGGAGUAUCAACCGUGAAACUGCUACCCCACAGUGACCGAAAUGUAAUAGGGAUCUUGGGUUCAUAUGUGGACGAAAUUAUCGCCAUUGCCGAUCGCUUUCCAAUUUGGGACGAUGUGUCUGAAGAGCAUCCGGCACACACUAGCUUCAGACAACCGACGGAUCAAUGGGACAAUCUAGCAUAUAAGCUCGAUCCAUACCCUGGCGGAGGCAGGACAUUGGAUGCAUUCUGGAGGACUCUUGUCGCCAAUGUGGAUCGCCAUGGCAUGCCCGUGAGGGACGACGUGUUUUACGACUUCGCAAACUUUUGCUACGACCUCCCCGGGUCUCCAACUCGAAUCGACCAAGUGUUGAAAAGCUACUUCGAUAGGGCAUUGAUAGGAGCAAAUAGCAUUGAAGCGCUUCCAGGAGACAAAGUCGCGUUCAUAUAUCUGCUCAGACGUGCUUCCUUUGGAAGGCGUUUCUUUACGACUAAAAAGGGCUACAUGGGCAUUGGGCCGGCGGACGGGCGGGUCGGCGAUAAGGUAUACAUUUUUUCUGGUGGGAAAGUUCCUUUCAUCCUGCGCAAACACACUGGUUGCGAGAAAAGCACAAACGAUGGACUGGCAGGGGGGAAGGUAACCCAAAACGACACGGGAGAUGUGGAAGGAGAAUGUGGUAACUUGGAGCAGGAGUUCAUGAGCUUUGUUGGAGAAGCCUAUGUUCAUGGGAUAAUGAAAGGAGAAAGUAUUGAGAAGAUAGGAGGAAAGCACGAGUGGCAGAAUGUUUUCUUGAGAUAUAUAAACGUACUGGAAAUGCUUUGUCAUUAUAUGUCGUCAAUCAAAUCGCACUUUAUUCAGUGA